AAUAAAAAUAAAAAAGAUAAGAGUUGAAACUAACUAGCUUUGAGAGUGCGUGUGGGGAAUUAGCAGCUCUCGAAACAGACCGGAUUUCUCCCGUCUCCGUCACGCUCCGCCGUCUCCAUCUCAUCUGUCGCAUCCGAUAUACGAAAUGGCCAACAGAGUUCCGAUUCCUGCCAACAAUUCAUCACUUAUUGCCAUGAUUGCUGACGAGGAUACCAUAGUUGGGUUUCUUUUGGCUGGAGUGGGAAACGUUGACAUACGUCGGAAGACAAAUUACCUUAUUGUGGAUUCAAAAACGACUGUCAAACAAAUCGAGGAUGCAUUCAAAGAAUUCACAACACGGGAGGAUAUUGCAAUUGUGCUGAUUAGCCAAUUUGUUGCAAAUAUGAUAAGGUUUCUGGUUGAUAGUUAUAACAAGCCUGUUCCUGCAAUUCUUGAAAUCCCUUCAAAAGACCACCCUUAUGAUCCUGCUCAUGAUUCAGUUCUUUCACGGGUGAAGUAUCUCUUCAAUGCUGAAUCAGUGGCAGGUGAUAGACGUUGAAUCAUCCUUUGAUUGCAGCUUUCAGGGUGUUUGUUGUUUUUCUUUGUACAUUAUGGUCAAUAAUCUCUUGAAGUUCACAAGUUCUAUGUAGCUUGAAUGAUCUGUAUUGUUUGGUUAUAAUUUAAAAAUCCUGUCAUAGAUCUUCAAGAUGGGCUAAUUUAUGAUUACCUUGGAUGAAAUAUUAUCAAUUGUGCACUUAUAUCAUUGCUUUCUGAGUAAUUUCAAGUUUCAGCCAUCUGAUUUGAA